AAUAAGAAUGAUGAAUAUUAAUGUUAUGCUAUUGUCAAAAUGUCAAUGAAUGAUGAAAGAAGUAGAAGGAGAUGUUGGGUGCUGGAUUUCAGUUAACGAGAGGCCGACACGGCGACGAUCCUUUCUACACUUCGGCGAAAGCUCGCAGGACCAAUCAACGCAUCGAUCAGCUCCGGAGAGCUCAGAGCGACGUCUCUAACGGCCCAUCAUCAGCUCCUUCCAAACACAAUAACCACAACGAUUCUUCUCCUCAUAAACAACAACAACUCGUUCCUAAUCUUGUUGCCUCUGAGCCGUCCGCUUCGUCUUCGAGUAAUCUAGAUCGGUUUUUAGAGUCGGUCACACCAUCCGUGCCCGCCCAGUUUUUAUCCAAGACAUCGCUACGGGAAAGAAGAGCCGAUGAUGAUUAUAAACCUGUGCCUUACUUUGUGCUUGGAGAUAUAUGGGACUCAUUUGCGGAGUGGAGUGCUUACGGCACCGGAGUGCCUCUUGUUUUGAAUAACAAUAAGGAUCGUGUUAUCCAAUACUAUGUCCCUUCUUUGUCAGCCAUUCAAAUCUAUGCUCAUUCUCAUACCCUGAAGUCUUCUCUUAAAUCAAGGCGUCCAGGUGAUAGUAGCGACAGUGAUUUCCGGGAUUCAAGUAGCGAUGUCAGCAGCGAUAGUGAUUCUGAGCGGGUUUCUGCUAGAGUAGACCGUAUCUCAUUGAGGGAUCAACAUCAGGAAGAUUCAUCCAGUGAUGAUGGUGAGCCUUUAGGCUCUCAGGGUCGUUUGAUGUUUGAGUAUCUUGAAAGAGACCUUCCAUACAUCCGUGAACCUUUGGCCGACAAGGUCUUUGACCUCGCAGCUCAGUUUCCCGAGCUGAUGACGCUGAAAAGCUGUGACUUACUUCCGUCAAGCUGGUUUUCUGUGGCAUGGUACCCAAUUUACAGAAUACCUACAGGACCGACACUGAAGGACCUGGAUGCUUGUUUCUUGACGUAUCAUUCCCUACACACACCUUCUGGAGGUAAAGGCAGUGCACAAUCAAUGAACCUUAUGCAGGCAAGGGAGAGUGAAAAGAUGUCAUUGCCUGUGUUUGGGCUUGCUUCAUACAAGUUCAGAGGUUCAUUAUGGACACCCAUUGGUGGUUCCGAGCACCAGCUCGUGAACUCUCUCUUCCAAGCCGCUGACAAGUGGUUGCAUUCUUGUAAUGUCAACCACCCUGAUUUCCUCUUCUUCUGCCGUCGCUGAGUAGGAUUUUAUAAGGAAGUUUCCAUACGGAAAUGACACGAAGUUGUGAGGCACUUGGAGAGAGUUUUAAAAAGAAAAACUCAAAAACUGUUGAUAUGGGUUGUUGUCAGAUUCAGGUUUAAAAAGAGUUGAGUUUUAUAUCUGUAAGUUAUAUAGAUAAACGAAUUUUGUUUGGUCAGAUAAUGUAUGUGAACCCUGGGCUAACUGUAUUGUUGUAUACCAAUACAAUGUUGUGUGCAAU